AUGUUGAAGUUACACACAACUAAAGUUUUACGGGUAUUUCAACAAUGUUUAACUUCUGAAUGUGCAGUUCAUCCAUCUUCUUCAAACGAAAAUUUAAAACCGCUCGAAACACUUCCCUAUGUGGAUUAUAUCAAGAAAAAGUAUCCAGACAAACUAGAAAAUAUGAAUGUACAAGUGGAGAAUUUGAAUUCGGAACGAAAAGAGUGUAAGAAGAACACGAAAGUUCUCAACUUCUUCAGAGAUCUGAAUUCCUUCAUUCUCAACAAACAUUCUGUUGAGCUUCUACCUGUUGGCUCGAUGGUUACUAAAUUCGUGAACAAGCAAUCCGAUUUCGACUUUGUAUUCUUCCCAAAACGAGAUGAUCAACGCCACCGGUUUUUGCGAGACUUUCAUCAGAAUCCCAGUUUUAAACAAAAUUUCAUGUCAGUUUUUGCGAAACUGAUUGCCAGAGAAAGUGAAAAACUCGGAGAACCUGUGGAAAAAGUAGUGGAGCUGCCGAGAAUGAGGGUACCGCUGUUGAUUAUACGAUACGCGUCUGGAUUAAGUAUCGAUAUUCAAUUUCCUGAAGAGAAUUAUCACGCAUUGCGGAACACACAUUUAAUGAGAAUGUAUAAAGUGUGUGACAAUCGAUUCACACUUCUAUUCCUUUGGCUUCGGGCUGUUUGUGACAAAUUGGAAGUACGAAAUAGCAAGUACGGACUGCUCUCUUCCUAUCAUCUCCUGCUGCUAUGUGUUCACUUCCUUCAGAGUGAACAAGCCCUUUCGCCAUGGCCAGUUCUUCCCGUGCUCGCUAAAACUCAUUCAUCCCUUGUAACUGCCGAUAUUCCCAUAUCAAAAGUGGCUGAGCUCAUCAAAUCUGACGAUCCAUGUCUCGACGUUUUCUCAUGGAAAUCUCACAACAAGAUGGCAAUUAGCGAGUUGAUUAUUCGAUUCAUUGAUUAUUAUUCGCAUUUCAACGCAUCAAAAGAAGCGAUUUAUAUUGAAAAAGGAUUGGCACAGAAAAGAAAACAAGUCUUUGGAGAUGUUCGUCUUCAAAUAAUCGACCCAUAUUCUCCAGUGUCCGUGUGUCGAUCACCUCAUGCAAGUGCAGCUUUCUUCACUGCUAUCCAAUUUAUGAGAAAGCAAUUCAAGAAUGGUCAAAUGAUCGCAAGUCUUCCUGAUGUUCCUGAAGCUGCACAGUUUCUUCGCGAGAAUCAUUUUUCCUUCUGGAGAACUCAAAUGUCUGACAAAAUCAUUGUAUAG